AUGGCCGGUUCUCUGGGAGUCCUGGACAUCGAACGGGUGGUUAUUGCAGCUGUACGGGCUGCACUCCAGGGUGUAGCUCCCCCGGUCCAGUCCACAUCAGCAACGGUUUCAACACCAGCGGUGCCCAGUGCCUCAGGCACUUCCAACUUUGCCACCACCGUCACAUCACUGAGAUCAGCUCCACUGCCAUCCAUCCCUCGACGUAAUCGGGCUCAAUCGGGAUACUUGAGACGAAGGAAUGUCAAAACAUACACGAAGGAUGUUGUAUGUUUAACUUUUUCACCGGGGGUAUCGGUCUUCAUUAUACCCAGAGGAGAAACUCGGACCAGGUUAGCUACGGCUGGCCUUGUUGGAAAAAUUUAUUUUUCCACAGAAUGGUCUGAAGACCAAGUGAGAGCUGAAAUAACAGCUAUCUUCAGUGGAGCAUUUGGCUUAUCAGAGCACCAGUCACUUCCAUUUCAGUUUUUGAGCACCAUCAAGGGGUGUAAAAAACUGAUGAUACCGAAGGUCACCUCCAAUUUCCCCUGGGGUGGUAAAGAAGUUGCCUCCGUCUGUUCCAGCACAUGCCUGUAUAUUAUGGCAGAAAUGGAAGUUCCUGCAAAGAACUGGUGUGUGGAGCUGUCUGAUGACAGUGAUUUUGAAAGCCCGGUUGUACAACGAAGGAGAGAUGAGUAAAAAAAUAAAUAAAUUAACACCCCUCAUUUGUAUAGAAAAUCCCAGUAAACAACUCUCGAACCUCUCGAGGUUAAUUGCUAAUCUGACUUGAUUUUUGUGAUGAA